AUCGAAAAAUCAUCGAUUUUUGUUCCAGCUCUAUUUUCUGCGCAAUUCUUUUCGUACAAUAUAAUUCGAUUAAACAUAAAUAAAUAAACCAACGCGCAAGUAAAUAAACCCAUUAAUGCGCUUCAUCUUGCGCCGGAGUUCGCUCGCGAUAGUUGUACGGUUUUUAUUUUGGCCCGUCCUCGACUUGAACGGCGCAGGCGGCGUGUUUUCCCCGAGUUCUUUUUAACCGUAUUCGGGAAAUGGGCCGCGAUCCGUAGGCGGAAAACGUGGAGAAGAGGAACGAGGAAAGAAAAGCAGAGAAGCGCGGAGGAGGCGCUGGCGGUGUAGGAGGAGCGGAAAGUGCGAAUAGUGUGAAAAGUGUUUGGGGUUAUGUGCUAGAGUCCCCUCGGGGGGAUUUUCAGCUGCUUGGAUCCGCGACAGAGACGUAAUCGCUCCGGGAAAUCUCGCAUUGCGCUGCUGCACCCUCUCCUCAGCAACCGAAAAAAGCAAAAAAGAAACAAAAGUAAUACAGCGAGAAGCACGCAAAACAUGGCAAGUGCCGUUCGCGCUAAGUCCGCCACUGCUGCGGUCGGCGUCGCAGUCGACGAAAGCAGCGGCAGCAGCAACGGCAGCGUCGCGGAUCAGGAGGUGUCCUCCAGUAAGGAGACCGUCCUGCGCUUCUUUAUUCGCACGAGAUACGAAAAAUAUAUAUUCGCCCGUUGGGACGAUCCCAUACUCUUGAUAAUGGAGCAACUGGAGCAGAUCGAGCGUUGUCGAUCUGCCACCUUGGAGAACCAGGUGGCCAUCGGCCGGGAACGAUCCCAGGAAGACUCACCGAACGACCUGCGUGAGGUGGUUAGCAACAUAAGGCAGGACCACUCACUACACCCAAUCGUGAAGCACAUCGAGCAAAUAUCCGACAUCCAGGCCUCCAACGGUCAGGAGCACGCCUCCCUCGGUUGCUUGAGGGAGCUGAUCAAGAUUAUCAGAAAGGAGUGGCCCCGGGACGACUCAAUCCAAGUGCGGAUGAAGCAAAUACAAAGCAUACAGGCCCAGCCGCCCACGGAGAGCAUAUGCUUUGGGGAGCGUCUCCGCGACGACAAGUGCCCGCUCUCCCUGCAGACCAAGCGGCACAAGGAGCGCAUUCAGGCCAUGAUGUACGAACGAGUGACGUGGCGUAUCCGCGAACGCAUGAAGACGGCAAGCGUGGCCCUGGUUCUGUGCCUCAACAUCGGCGUGGAUCCGCCGGACGUGGUAAAGAUCCAACCCUGCUCACGGCUAGAGUGCUGGAUAGAUCCCAGCUCGGUGUCCCCGCCCAAGGCCAUGGAACUCAUUGGGAGCAACCUGCAGAUGCAGUACGAACGCUGGCAGCCAAGAGCCAGAUAUAAGAAGUGCAACGAUCCCACCGUGGAUGACGUUAAGAAGCUCUGCACCUCCCUACGCCGGAACGCCAAGGGGGAGCGCAUACUCUUCCAUUACAACGGACACGGUGUGCCCAAGCCCACAGCCAAUGGAGAGAUCUGGGUGUUUAACAAGACCUUCACGCAAUACAUCCCCCUGAGCAUAUUCGAGCUUAUCACGUGGAUGUCAGUGCCCUCAAUCUACGUCUAUGACUGCUCCAAUGCAGGCAUCAUCAUCAAUUCGUUUCAGCCAUACGCUGACCAGCAUGAGGAAGAACUGAAAAAGGCGCAGGCCGCCGCCCAGCAGAGGGGCGGAGUCCAGCAGCUGGUGGGCGGCUCAGGUGGUGGCGUCAAUGUAGCCUCCAACCAGGUGCAGUUGCCCAACCAGAUGGUCAGUUACCAGAACUGUAUACACCUGGCCGCCUGUGCUGCCAAUGAGAUUCUGCCCAUGAAUGCGCAGUUGCCGGCGGAUCUGUUUACCAGCUGUCUGACAACACCCAUCAACAUAGCGCUCAAGUGGUAUGCCAUGCAGGAAAAACUGGGCAUGGUGCCGCGUAUCCAGAGUGAACUGAUCGAUAAGAUUCCAGGCAAAGUCAACGACCGGCGCACCAUGAUGGGAGAGCUCAACUGGAUCUUCACCGCCAUUACGGACACGAUAGCGUGGAACACACUUCCCCUCACGCUCUUUCAGCGCCUGUUCCGCCAGGAUCUACUGGUGGCUAGCCUGUUCCGUAACUUCCUGUUGGCCGAGCGCAUUCUGCGCAGCCACGACUGCACUCCAGUUUCCCUGCCCGCCCUGCCGCCUUGCUAUCGCCAUCCAAUGUGGAAGGCCUGGGAUCUAGUGGUAGAUCUGGCUCUACAGCAGUUGCCCGAAAUUCUCGAUCACAAUGCGCCGUACCGCCAGCUGCCGUUUUUCGAGCACCAACUCACAGCCUUCCAGGUGUGGCUGGACAGCGAAUCGGAAUCGAGAACGCCACCGGAACAGCUGCCCAUUGUGCUGCAGGUCCUACUGUCGCAAGUGCACCGCCUGAGGGCCCUAGAGCUGCUGGCCCGAUUUCUGGAUCUCGGUCCGUGGGCCGUUAAUCUCGCCCUGGGCGUGGGCAUCUUUCCAUAUGUGCUCAAGCUGCUGCAGAGUUCUACGCGCGAACUGCGGCCCGUUUUGGUGUUCAUUUGGGCCAAGAUCCUGGCCGUGGAUCCCAGCUGCCAGGUGGAUCUGGUCAAGGAGUACAAGUACUUCCUCUCUGUGCUGCAGGACACAUCCGUUUCCAAGGAGCAUCGCACACUCUCCGCCUUUGUACUGUCCUCCAUAGUGCACAACUUCCUGCUGGGACAGACUAGUGCCCUUCAGGGUCCCCUACUGUCCAUUUGCCUGGAGCAGCUAAACGACGGAAGCUGGCUGUUGCGCCAGUGGCUUGCCAUCUGCCUGGGCAUGUUGUGGCAGAACUUUGAAAAGGCUCGUUGGUCGGGAGCACGCGACCUGGCGCACGAGAAGCUUUACGUUCUGCUGCGGGACAAGAUUCCGGAAGUAAGAGCGGCUGCCGUCUUCGCCUUGGGCACAUUUAUCAGCUCCGUGACGGACCGCAGCGAGGAGCAGGCGAAUAACAUCGAUCGCAUCAUUGCCAUUACCAUGCUCGAGACCGUGGGCGAGGAUAUGUCGCCGCUAGUCCGCAUGGAGUUGGCCGCCGCUCUGCAAUGGAUGGUAGUACUCUUUGAGUCACAGUUCGUGGCCGUAUAUCUAGCUGAGCAUAUGCGCGGUCACGUCUCCGCCGCCUCGUUCGUGAUGUGUCCCGAUCCCCGGGAGCUGACAUCUUCCACGCACAGCCUGGAGCGUCAUGUGACCAUCCGCAGGGGAGCCAGCUCCAGCUCCAUAUCUAACAUGGGUGGUGCGUCAACUGGCUCGGGCACAGGAUCAUCCAGCAACCCAUUGGGUCGCUCGAAGAGUGGCUCUGCCAGUUCGGGCGGAAGAGGAGCUGCCGGAGCUGCGGGUGGUACAAACAGCAUACCCUUCCAGUCAAUUUUCACCAAACUGUGGCUGGGCAUCUGUAAUCUGGCCCAGGAUCCGUUUCCCCGCGUGGCGGCCAUUGCCCAGGAGAUUGUUGACCAUGUGAGGGAUACGGCACUGUGUCCCAUUAUGGCGGCCAAGGAAGCCACCAUGUCCAAUGCAUCGGAGAAGUGCAGUAGCCUAAGCGUAAGCCUCCCGCCCAGUCCAAAUACGAGGGUUAAUUACUUGGGCGGUGGCGGUGCACCUGGAGGAGCUGGGGCGACUGCAGAAUCACCGCCCGUCGGAGCAGCUGCCUCGGGCGCCAGUCACUGGGCCCAAAAGCUAAGGCUAUCGGGCAGUGGAGCCUGCGUGGCUGCCGGAGAUCCUCAAACCAUUCUGCAGCGCAAACUGCGCACCAGCUCCAUCAACGAUGAGACUGACAGCGGACCAGCGUACUCCCGCGGAGUGACGGGCUCCGGAGCUGGUCUGGGACUGCCCAGCGGACCGAGGGAGAGCACCCAUUCGGCGCGAAGCAGCGGCAGCGAGAGCAAUCACUACUUGGAGCCGGGACACAGCCUCACGCCCAUUGUGCUGACCGAGUUCAUACCCUGGGCCAUUUCCUAUUUCACACGGCCGGGCAAGGAGCGCUACAGCAGCGCCGAGGGAGCUGCAGAGGAGGGACGCCAGCGUUACCCAGUGGACCGAAACUCAGCGGAGCUGCGGCGCAGGAGGUUGCGCUUCCUGAGGAACGAUUUUGUGCGCCGACAUGCCGGCCGCAAGCACCAGGAGCUGAUCGAUCCCUACGGCUUCGAUGUGUGCGUGUGGAACCGGAAGACACAGUUCACGCCUUCCAUUGUCAAACUGCUGCCUUACGAACCGCAGAUUGCGGUGGCCUACAGGGAGAAGGUUCUGGUCUACGACUUCCAGUACAAUUCGGUACGCACAUACGGCUCCGAGGCUCUGGGCAGCAACUCCACUGGCUCUAGUUCCGGUUACGGAUCAGGUUCCGGAUCAUCUUCAUCGCUCAAUGGCAGCACACCGCGAAAGUCGGGCGCACACCCAAGUGGGGGAGGUGGUGGAUUUUCGGCCGCCCCCUUUGCCCGCGUUAGCAGCAUCGAGUUCAUCAAUGCACAGGAUAUGGCACUCAACCUGGUGGCACACGAAGACGGAGUGGUGCGCGUCUGGCAAUCCUCGCCGCCGGCCAGCACCGCCACCACCGAGGAUACCCCGAGCAAGGCCCGAUUGGUGACUGCUUGGACAGCACUGGGUCAGGUUAACCAACACAAUCACCGUCAGCGCAGCGUGGCUUCCGGCGGCAGCAUUGGCAAGGGUGCGGACGCAUCGGGACUGUCGAGCGGAGCAAUUGGCUCGGGAGGGAUUGUGACCGCAUGGCAGCAGUGCAGCCAGCACCUUGUGAUAGGCGGCGGUGGCUGCCGGUUUAUCCGCAUUUGGGACGUAGAACGGGAACUGAAACUGGCAGAUAUUCCAUUGGGCCGUAGCGAAACCUGCGCCCGGGUGCUAUCACCUUACCUGCCCAAUAUGCGUUCCGAUGUGAUACUCGCCGGCUGCGACGACGGCAGUGUGCGACUGUUUGACAAGCGAUGUUCGCCGCAGGACGCCCGGAUCUCCGUUUAUCGACGCCACAGUGCCCCCAUUCUCCAUGCCAGCCUGCGGGCAAACGUACCGGUGCUGGUCUCCGGCUGCACCGAAGGUCGGAUUAGUGUGGCCGACAUGCGGGCGAGCCAGUCCCCCAUUGGCCUCAACGAUGUAGUGUACGAGUGGGACGCCGGUGGCGAUGUGACGGCCAUAACCAGCCACCAGUUGGCGGACACAGUGGCCUGUGGCAAUGCCUCGAAAAUUGUGAUCUACUCGCUGGACGGACGGCAACAGAAGGUGUUGCGGACGAACGAGGGUUUCAUUGGGCCCAAGAUCGGUCACCCCACGUGGCUGUAUUUUCACCCAUACAAAGUGCAGCUGGCGGUGGGCUUCGUGGACAAUAUGGUGGCCAUAUACAGCCCCACCCCAGGUAGAAAACAAUGUACAAAAUUAGAGGACUGGAGUUUCUUUAAUAAGAAAAUAGCAAGACAUUCAAGAAUUUCAAGAAUAUUAAGGAGCUACUUUGAUAAGAAAAUAAUUUUCUAUAAGGGCUGUGGCAAGUGGAAAACUGACGUCGAUAAGAAUCCCGAAACCUUGGUCAACGCACGCAGGUACCUUGCGGAGCCGCAGAUGCGGUCGGCAGUGGAGCAGAUACGGAGCAGCACCCGGCUACCGGAUCUUCAGCCGGAGGACGUUCAGCUUAUGUAUACGGUGUGCGCUUUCGAAACCGCCUGGCAUCGACCGCGUCGCGACUCUGGCUCCAGAUCCACAUACGAAUCCGUGUGGUGUAACUUCUUCGACGUGGCCGCCUUGGAGGCGCUGGAGUUCUUCAAGGAUCUGGAAUACUAUUGGAACGAUGGAUACGGCUACGAACUGACUCAUCGCAUUGCCUGUCCGGCAAUCGCAGAUAUGUUUGCUUCCAUUGGUUCCUCUGAGGAGAAACAGCAGCGACGGGCCAACGCCACGUUGUACUUCACGCACUCGGGCACGCUUCUUAAAUUGCUGGCCCACCUAGGGUUGGCCCGGGACAAUAAGCCGCUGACGCACAAGCACUUUGCCAGCGAGCGUCUUUGGCGCACAAGCCAGAUCGACGCGUUCGCGACCAACUUGGCCUUUCUACGUUACGAUUGCGAUGAGGAGAAGCCGCAAGUCCUGGUGCUGCAUCAGGAGCGAGUGGUGCGCCUGCCCGGCUGCCCGCAGGACAAGGAUCUCUGUCCGCUGGCCACGCUGCGUCGCAUUUACGCCAAAAGCGUGGACCACUGCGACCGCGAGGAGAUGUGCCGUGUGAAGGCCAACUAAGUAUGGAGCACAUUUGGAAUGGAGCAGCUGAUGCUGAUGUAAUGUGGUUUUGUGGCUCUGCUGCCCUGCCAUUGAAUGACCUCGGGAAAAGGGAUUCGUCGGAAAGUUUAGGAUACAACUGAUAUAAAGAUAUAAAGUUAAGAAUGGAAAAGAUGCGAAGGAACUGGAGUUAAGCGAUGAUCAGACUAGGACUAGUUGUGUAAGAGAUGAUCGGCCGGAGAGUUAGUUAUGUGUUGACCAAGUAGCGAGUCAAAUUCUGUGUGUUUCGUAUGCCUUAUUAAUCAAUGUGGACCAUCCACUCCAGAACCAGAUAACUUUGAGCAGGAGUGCAGGAGACAGAGCGAGAUGGAGAGCUGAAAGAGAAAGAGAAAGGGACAGGUAGAGGUAGAGGAUAGCCUGUGUCAUGCUUUUUGGACCUUAGUCUAUAUACCCCGGAUGGCUCUCCAAAUGCUGUCAGGAUUUACACGAUUUAUCUUGGGUUACUUUUUUUGUUAUUCGGUUAAUCAUGCUAUUACCCAUAGCCUAAUCCUUAUCCCAAAGCCAAGUGGCAACGCAUACUGUACAUAUAUAAAUACUUAAUGUAUAAGAUAUUUAACUAUAGUUAUAUUUACCCCAACACACCACACAUAUAUACAUAAACAAAAUCGUAGAUGUAUGCCUCCUAUCUAAUCGAUCCUUCGCCCCCAAAAGGAAACGUUCGUUGUGCUAACUUGUGUUAUAUACCUAUAAAUGAGACAGGAUAUAUAUAUAUUUGAUAAGGCAAGGAUGUGGAACAAAUGUUGGGUACCUACAAUAAUUGUUCAGCGGAGCGGGAGACGGGAGACUCACACACUUUGUACAUAGCACUUACGACUUUAAUCACUUUUGUCUAAUUUUGUUUGUCCUAUCGAAAGCCCAACAACAAAAACCAACCGCAGUAACAACAAAUAAACUAACGAAAAUUCUAGUUUAAAGCUUAA